AUGGGCUACGGCUACGGCAACGAGGACGAGGAGGACGACCGGCCGGAGAAGCCGCGGCGGUACGGGGUGACGGAGAUGCGGAGCCCCUUCUACUCCUUCCGCCCCGCAAACCAGGCGCUCCAGGAAAUAUUGGAUUCUGUAAGUCCAUUUGUUGAUGGUUUGAAGUUUUCUCGAGGAUGCCAUAGUUUGAUGGGAAAGGAGUUGGUUAGAGAGAUCACUGAUCUAGCACAUAAGCAUGACAUUUAUGAAUGCAAGGCCUUAGGGUUUGACACAAUUGAGCUGAAUGCUGGAUCUCUCAACCUCCCUGAAGAAGCUCUGUUGAGGCUAGUCCGCCUCAUCAAGAGUAGUGGUUUGAGGGCAAAGCCAAUGUUUUCAGUGAAGUUUGACAGUUCUGAUAUUCCAGCAUCUCGUGAUAGGGCCUUUGGGGCGUACAUAGCUCCGGUCAAGGAGAAGACCUCAGAAAGAGUUGAAGAUGUUGACCUGCUGAUUAGGAGGGCAGAGAGAUGCUUGGAAGCAGGCGCAGAUAUGAUCAUGAUCGACGCCGAUGAUGUUUGCCAGCGUGCUGAAUCUCUGAGGACAGACAUCGUCGCCAAGAUUGUAGGCCGGCUCGGGCUUGAUAAAACCAUGUUUGAAGCUUCCAACCCCAACACCUCAGAGUGGUUUGUCAGACGAUAUGGCCCAAGGGUAAAUCUCUUUGUCGACCACUCUGACGUGAUGAAUCUGGAGCGCCUGCGGGGCUUCAACAUGCACCGAAGCAACUUGGCCUCUCGUUAUGCCUCGCCUUUCUUCCUGAUGUAA